GGGUGACAACAAAACAGAAGGAUGAGGUUUAUUCGUUUUAUUCUCCUUUCCGGCCACUCAAUAAAAUACGCAGAAUAAAAUAAAAUCGCGGGCAGUGUAUGGAGCAAUUCGGAUUAAAGUGAGAAACAUACAGAGCAGAUCUGGUUAAACAAGCUGUCUCCCCCACUUCCGGAUGCUCAGUGGGACGGAUCUAGCGAAGCGGUUUGAGUUACAACGGCGGGAAGAAGCAGUUGAGGGAGUCGAGGUGAGCCGGUGCGUUCUUUUUCCACCGGCCAACAGAAGCUUUUGGCUUUAUCGAUUAGGGUGAAGAAAUAUAUUCAUCUUAAACAAUAUGGACAAGAAAGAAAUAAGGAAAACACUUAGUGUUCAUAAAAAGAUGCCAAAGAGAAAAACAAGGAGAGAUUCUGGAGAGAAAUUGGGAGAACCAGAUGUGUCAAGUAUUUUGAAAGUUCCUAGAACUGAGCCAGCAGAGGAUCCUGAUGAGUUAUUUGAUGAACCUUUACGCGAACCUUUACAUAGCACUGCUGUGUCUGCUUAUGAGGAGGAAGAUCAAUAUUCAGAUGGGUCAACCAGCAGUUCAUCUAAUUCUGAGCCAAAAAAGAAAAAUACAAUAGGAAGCAAAAAUCAGCAUAUCUUGAAAUCAAGAGCGGAGAGAGAAGAUUCUGAAGUGGAGCCUCUGAAAGAAAAUAUGAGAGCAACAGAGUCUACACCUAGUGCAGAGGACUAUAGACUACCAUCUGCACUGCCAUUAAGAAGCAGCUCUUCAGAAUGCAGAGUAUCAGGCAGAAUUACAGACCUUGUGAAGAACUUGAAUAGUGAUAAGAUGCCUAAGAAGAGUGCUAAACCACAAGUAAAGCAGAAAGAGGCUUCUUCACCAGAGAUGGAGAUAGAUUACCCAGAUUCAGAUGCUGAGCCACAUUUGAUAAAGGUUUGGGGUACCAAAGGUGUGAAAAAAGUUGCCAGACGUGUCACAGAAUUGGAUGUUAUUGUGGAUGAGUUUGAGAAAGUAACAGCAAAAUGCAAAGAAGAAGUGGAGCUGAAAACAUGUAGGAAGGCUAUCGAUAAAUUUUAUAUUGGGUUCAGAGAUCAACUCACCAAUAAUGUUGCAAAUGCUGAGGAACUAAAAAAAACAAAAUUGAAAAAUGUACAGAUGGUGAGAGCAACAAAUAAGAAAAGGCAGCGUUUGAUAGAACUUAAAGAAGAACUAAUUAAAACUGAACCACAGCUGAAAAAAUUGGAGAGAGAAUAUGCUGAACUAAAAGGAAAAAUAUCAUCUCUCAGGAAUGCAGUUCAGUUGGUGACCAAUUUAAAGGAACUUCAGCAAAAAUAUGUUAAUAUCAGAAAGGAAAACCCACAAGAAAAAGUAGUAUAUGGUGUCUCCAGCCUUCCUGCACUUCUGAUGGAAUCACGAAGAAUUUUAAGAGCUGAAAGUCAUUUUCAAAAUAUCAACUCAAAAUUGCAACACAUUUUGGAUUCACAAACAGAGAACUAGACAUACUUCAUACAAACUUUACCGUAUUGUAUUUGAAAUAUACUGAAACCUAGUAGUAGUAUCUUAGUUAAAGCAGGAAAUCUGAAUAUUCUUUUUCAAAUAAGUGUACCUCAUUAAGUGGCGGUAUCAUUGGUAAUUUUAGUAUUAUUAUCCUAGCUUAGCAUAAAAAUAAAGCUGGAGGUAAACGAACUAGUGGGAUAGGACAGAUAACUGAAUCUGAAAAAUACAAACCUUGAUAGUUUUUUUAAAAAAAACCUGUUGGGCUCACUGCUGUGCUGUCAAGCCUAACACAAUGUAUUCCCUGAUCUUUCUUCUCUCGCUCACAUUGUAUGAAAGAAGCAAACGUCCCAGCAAGAAGGUAGAACCACUUUCUUCCUAACAUGUUUUAGUCUGUAUCACAGUCACUCUUUCUGCCAGGAGGACAAGUGGCACUAUAGACUGCAUAUAAAUGCCUCUUUUCUCCUUCAAGAGGUGUGGGAAGCGGCAGCAGCAGAGGCAAAAGUGUACCUCAUGGGGGCAGGAUACAUUACUUACUAUGUAUAAAAUAAGAGCAACACUUCUACAAAGGCCAUCUUUUUGUGGGGGGUAACUAAUACAGGUAAUGGUGCAUACCGUUUUUCUUAAAGCUUCUUUUAAGCCCUUAAUGGAUUCCUCCUAAAGCAAAAGCAAAUAAACAGACCUAUCUAUGAACUCUCUACUAAGUUAUCAUUUUACUGUAUCAUAUUGCUGUUAUGACAACUCCCAUCAAGACUACAGCUCCCACUGGCAAGGCCAGUGGUCCCAGAUGAUUGGAACUGGAGUCUAACAUCUGGAGGGCAGCAUGUUGGCUACCGCUUGGCUAGAGUAAUGUAUAAAUUACAUUAAGCUGCUAUACACUAGCAUUAAAACAGAAAUGUUAAUAAUGAUAGCGUAAAGAGAAAAACAGUCUGAAGUGAAAAAGGAAGCUUAUCCACUUUUCUGUCAAUCCUGCAUUCCCACUUAUGCAGAACAGUGAAUCCAAAGUAUGACUCCAGUUAUUACACAGAUUGCUUUUUAUACUAUGAUAACUUUAUUCAUUUGAAUCUUUCACCAUACUAAGCCACUUCCAGAAUUAAAAGGGAGCCUAUUUCAUUGGCAUUUUGGCGGUGGUUAAGCAAAGUCCUUUUUCUGCCCCAGAAGUCACCUUCUAAGGGGUGAGUAAUAAUAAUGUGUAUCUUGGUCUUUAGCAACCAUGGUAACCAUUUAGAAUUUGUUUUCUGUGAAUAGCUGAUACUAUUGUCAUCUUUCAAGAAACAAAGUUGGUAACUACUGCCAGCAGGACUACUUCAGCAAAUGCUUUUUAUACAGCAAUAUCCAACUUAUUAAGUAAAUGAGUUAUUCCUUGAUUUCAUCCCCUUUGUGUUUUGAAGCAUCUACUAGGAGUUCAUCAGGUAUUUCAUCUAUAAUCCAGGGCUGAAAAGUAUCAGCAGCUUCAGCUAGUUCCACAUCCUCAACAGCUUCCAGAAAACAGAUGUCGGUCUCAUCAUCCCAUUUGACACCUGAACUUUUCUUGAUGUUUGGCUCUCUAGUUUCUUGUGCUGCAGUUAAAGAUUUUCUGUCUGACAAGCCUGCAAGACCAUGGUAUACAUUUGCUUUUUCUUCAAUGUUCCCAUUUUCAUCCAUUAUAUAUACAUAUUCUUCAUCCUUUAAAGCAAACAAUGAUUUCAAAAUAAAUACACUUAUUUGGAGAUGUUAACUUUUAA